UUUGUAUUUUCACUUUUACACCAAAAAAUUUAGUACUUUAAAACAAAAUUCUAAAAUUUCUUUGCAUAAUUACAAUAAAAUAACGAAACCAAAUUAAAUGGCACUACAGUAUUUACACAAAUUUACACAAUUAAGCAAAAAUGUUGCUCAUAAUACGGUAAUGAGAUCAUGUAUUGCUGCAACAAAUUUCAAGUUUAAUGUACUACUACAAAGAAAGUUAAGUACCGGCCAACAAAAGUAUGGGAAAUAUGAUGGCAGUCGACAACAAUCUAAAGACAAAAAAUGGGACACAAUUAUUCUUUCAACAGCUGCUGCAGCUGGCCUAGGUAGUUUAUACUGGUUAAAUCAACAGAAUGAUUUACAAUUAAUGCCGACCGUAGAAGCAAAAACUUUACCAAAUCUUGCGGGAAGACGUAAGCAAUAUAAUUUCAUUGCCGAUGUAGUGGAUGUGUGUGCUAAUUCGGUGGUCUAUAUAGAAAUUAAAGACACUAGACAUUUCGAUUACUUUUCGGGACAACCGGUUACGGCCUCAAAUGGUUCUGGAUUUAUUAUAGAAUCCAAUGGAACUAUUUUAACAAAUGCCCAUGUGGUCAUUAAUAAGCCACAUACCAUGGUCCAGGUGAGAUUACAUGAUGGUCGUGUAUUUCCUGCUGUUAUAGAGGAUGUUGAUUCUUCCUCAGAUUUAGCUAUUAUACGUAUAAAUUGCAAAGAUUUGCCGGUAAUGCGUUUAGGUGAAAGUUCCACUCUUAGAUCCGGUGAAUGGGUAGUAGCUUUAGGUAGUCCUUUAGCUCUUAGUAAUACCGUUACAGCCGGUGUUAUUAGUUCAACCCAAAGACCCUCUCAAGAAUUGGGUUUAAGAAAUCGUGAUAUAAAUUACCUACAAACAGAUGCCGCUAUUACGUUUGGCAAUUCUGGUGGGCCCCUGGUCAAUUUAGACGGCGAGGCUAUAGGUGUUAACUCUAUGAAAGUAACGGCCGGAAUUAGUUUUGCCAUACCAAUUGAUUACGUGAAAUUAUUUUUGGAAAAAGUAUCCGAACGUAGAAAACAAGGUUCAGCUGGCAGACCCACACAUCAGGCCAAACGUUAUAUGGGCAUAACUAUGUUAACUUUAACCAAUGAUAUUCUAAAUGAAUUGAAAAAUCGUUCGGAAAGUUUGCCACCCAAUUUGACACAUGGUGUUUUAGUGUGGAAAGUUAUAAUAGGUUCACCAGCUCAUAUUGGUGGCCUUAGUCCUGGUGAUAUAGUGACUCAUAUUAAUAAAAAGGAAAUUAAAACUUCUUCCGAUGUUUAUGAAGCUUUAGCUGAUAAUUCUAAAACUUUAGAUAUUACCAUUUUCCGAGGUCCCAAACGUUUAAACUUAACCAUUACUCCAGAGGAUCCUUAAAGUUUUUAAUUUAUGGUUAAAUUUAUGUAUUUUUUUUUUAUUAUAGUUUAUUAUUAUUUUCUUUUGACGUGGCUGUUAAAGUUGGAUGUUCAUUUGUUUAAAUUUUUGCUUACACUGCCAAAUAUUUAUAUUUUUCUUUUCUUUUUUAAUUAAUGUACUCUGAGGAUAACAACAAUGAAAAAGUUUAUUGUAAAUAAAAGCAAGAUGUUUAUUUUUGUUAUUAUGCAAA